AUGAAUCGUGUGACACAUAUGAAGAAAUUGAAAAGCGCAAUGCGAUUUUUCAAGACUUCCUUUGGUCUUCAUCCUCCAUAUUUGGUAUUAUGUGAUCCAAAUUUCAUUUUUGCUUCAUUAGAUUCAAAAAUCAACUUAAAGGAUAGAUUUACUGAGAUUUUCAAGGGACAAGUCUUCUUAAAAGUUACAGAAUGCGGACUCCUUGAAGUUUCUUCUUUAAAGGACAAAAAUAUGCAGAGCACAGUUCAAUUUUGUAAAAAACAAUGCCAACUUUUCAAAUGCAGUUCACACAAGCCGAUGAACCCACGUGAUUGCAUUCUUGAUAACCUCAAACACGGCUUUAAUGGAAUAGUUUGCACCCAGGAUGGACCACUACGUAAAACAAUACAACGUUUAUACCCUAAAAUGCCCAUCUUUUACAUUGAUGACGGUCUUCAAAUUAUGCCACCAUCAAAGAAACUCAAAGACUCAGUUAUAGCCGAAUUAGAGGCGAAAUAUGCAACAAAUACAGAGAAACCAGAAGACUACGUUGAAGAAGAUGAGAAGAAAGAAGAAACGGAAGAGAAAGAACCUGAAACAAAAGAAGAGAAAAAAGAAUAA